AUGUCUAUCAAAGUCACAUUAUAUGAAUUGGCAGAUCUCUCCAUAGGGACCCCGGAGGUUGGCAUUAUCAAUUUCAAUGCCCUCCAUGCUCUCCUCCAUGCUAUCAUCAGCUACCUCAACAUUCAAGAUAUCAAAGCAGAUGUAAAGAUGGACAGAGGUCCUCCAACCAAGCCAGAGAUGGCCUUGCUUUCUGCUACAACAGAGGCAGAACCUAGUGAUUUAUUGGGCCAGGAGGCAUUGCCAAAAGAGAAGGAGGACAAGGGAGGCACUUUGAGAGAGGAGCCGGAUUCUCGGUUUGCUGACUUGGAAAAGAAACUAAAGCUGAUGGAUACCAAUCUCCGUGGUGUGAAAGGUCAGAUUAAAGGGAUAGAAGGCCAGGUCCACGGGGUAUUAGGUCACGUCCAAGAAGUAGAAAAGCAAGUCAGUGGGGUGCAAAAUCAAAUUCAUGGAAUACAAGAUGAAGUCCAAGGGGUGCAAGAUCAAACUCAAGGAGUGCAGGAUAAAGUGAAAAGAAUGGGGAAAGACCUCAUAGGGGUUGAAAAGCAGAUUGCUGGACUGGAGAAGCUUCCUUCGGGGAUUGAACUGCUAGAGAAGACCCAAAGUGGAUCCGGCACAGCUGUAUCUGACAUGUGGCAAAUGAUGCAGAUGCAGAAAAAGAUUGAAGCCAGUGAGAACGGAAUCAACCAGGCUAUGUCCCUGUUACAAGAUUUAGUGGAUGAGACGAGCAACAUGAAAUCAGCCACAAGCAACUUGGAGGAUGAAGUAAAAAAAAUCAAGGAACACUUAGCUGUGCUAGAUCCUCGUGGGUUUGAUGAUCGUUUAAAUGUUUGCCUGAGUGAUCAGAGUAGCUUGGAUCAUGAUUUGAAAGAUUUAGAGAGGAGGUUAAACCAAUUCCCAUCUCCAGAAGAAAUGGUACGGUGGGAGGUACUUGAAGAUAUCCUUGUGAAGGGAAAGAGCCCAUCUCCUCACACAAGUCCAGUCCAACACACUCCAACUAGUUCAACCUCACCAGAAGGCAAAAUUGUGGCAUCUCCACAAGCUCAGCCUGGCACUGCUACCGCUACUCAAAGAACAGAAGGAGGCCAGAUCCCACCAACUGGGGCUCAGGCAGGAGCACCAGGGGCUCCAAGUGGAGCAACCAUCCCUGGAGCUCCCUUUCCUGGAGCACCUGGGACUUAUCCUGGGGCACCUGGAGCCCAGGCUCCCUUUCCUGGAGCACCCGGGGCCUAUCCUGGGGCCUAUCCAGGGCCCCAGGCUCCCUAUCUUGGACCAUCAGGGGCCCAAGCUCUGUAUCCUGGGGUUCCACCGGACCAACCUGUAGGUACUGGGGCUCAGCCUGUAGGCCCUGGAGCUCAAGGCCUUUAUCCUGGGGUACCCGGGACCCAGCCUGGAGUUCCUGGAGUGCAACCAUCAUAUCCUGGAGGACCUGGAGCCCAGCCUGGAGGCCCGGGAGCCCAAGCACCCUAUCCUGGGGCUCCUGGGGCCCAGCCUGGAGUUCCUGGAACCCAAGGCCCUUAUCCUGGAGCCUAUCCUGGGUCCCAGCCUGGAGGACCUGGAGCUCAAGGUCCUUAUCCUGGGGUACCUGGGGCCCAGCCUGGAGGUCCUGGAGCCCAAGCACCCUAUCCUGGGGCACCAUGGGCCCAGCCUGGAGGUCCUGGAGCCCAAGUUCCUGGAGCUCAAGGCCCUUAUCCUGGGGUACCUGGGGCCCAGCCUGGAGGACCUGGAACUCAAGGCCCUUAUCCUGGGGUACCUGGGGCCCAGCCUGGAGGUCUGGGAGCCCAAGCACCCUAUCCUGGAGCACCUGGGGCCCAACCUGGAGGUCCAGGAGCCCACGCACCCUAUCCUGGGGCACCAUGGGCCCAGCCUGGAGGUCCUGGAGCCCAAGUUCCUUAUCCUGGGGCCCAACCUGGAGGUCCGGGAGCCCAAGCACCCUAUCCUGGGGCACCAUGGGCCCAGCCUGGAGUUCCUGGAACCCAACCUGGAGGUCCUGGAGCCCAAGCCCCCUAUCCUGGGGCACCUGGAGCCCAGGCUGCAUAUCCUGAGGCAGCUGGAGCUCAAGCUCCAUAUCCUGAGGUUUCAGAGGGUCAACCUGGGGCUCAACCACCCUAUCCUGGGGCACCCGGAGCCUAUCCUGGGGCACCUGGGGACCAAGUUCCAUAUCCUGGUGUUCCAGGGGACCAGACUGGGACUCCUGGAGCCCAGCCUGGUAUUACUGGAGCCCAACCUGGAGUUUCUGAAGGGCAAUCCCCAUAUCCUGGGGCAGCUGGGGCCCAAGUUCCCAGUGUUCCAGGGAUCCAACCUGGGGCUCCUGGAGCCCAGCCUGCUGUUCCUGGGGCUGAGCCUGGAAUUCCUCGAGCCCAAUCCCCCUAUCCUGGAGUACCUGGCCUCUACCCUGGGGCCCCUGGAGCUCAAGCUCCAUAUCCUGGUGUUCCUAGGGCCCAACCUGGUGCUCCUGGGACUGAGGCAGAGUAUCCUGGUGCCCCUGGAGCUCAAGCUCCAUAUCCUGGUGCUCCUGGGACUGAGGCAGAGUAUCCUGGUGCCCCUGGGGUUCAGCCAUUCUAUCCUGGAGCUUUAACUGGGACACAACCCGGAUAUCCUGGUGCCCCUGGAUUCUAUCCUGGAGCCCUAACUGGAUAUCCAGGCCAGCUUGGAGGGCCUGGGCUCUUUCCACCUGGAUAUCAACCUCCUGCCUUACCUGCUGCUCCUUCAGGCCAAUUGAUUGUGCCACCUGUUCUAGGUGUUGGAGCUACACCCCCAUCAUCUCCGCUCUAUCCCACCACCACUCCUAUGGGGUAUUCUGAGAUUCCCUCCUCUUCUACCCCUUUGGCUCCAAGUCGCUACGCGGAGACGCUGGAUGCCCUGCGCUCUCUUUCUCAACUGAAUGACCUCUACCAAACUCUCAGAGACCAGAUCGCCAUGCUGGACUACUACAAGUGUGGCCAUUCUGAUCUCCGCAGGCUACAGGACUUCCUCACUGAUGCACUUUAUAAGACCUUUGCUACCAUCCCACCUAAUCUGUCAGAAAAACUUGACGCUAUGCGUUCCUUGGAAGAAGACUUCAAAUCUGAAAAAGAGGUGUUAAGGAGGAUUCAGAAUGCAAUUGAAGGAGAAUUGCCAGGAGAAGAGAUAGAGAAAAUGGAGGGAGCUAAUCAGAUCACCUUCCAAAUAGGUUAUCUCAGAGCAAUGGUACAUGAUAUAGAGAAAGAGCUAAAGGAGCUGAGACAGAAGCAAGAUGCAGGGAAAGCCAAAUUGGAGCAGUCGAUGACCGACAAUGCCUAUUACCUCCAGGAGCAGUUAGACAAGCUUAGAUCUGUCAUAGAAAACAUGAUGUCCUCCUCGUCAACCUUGCUGUCCAUGAGUAUGCCACCCAUCCCAGAGUCUGGUGCAGCUCAAGUCCAAAGCACGUGUGCAGCCUGCAGCUUAGAUGUCAGUGAGAAGGUUAGCCAGUUGUUCAAGCGGUACGAGCAGCUGCAGGACUCAGUCAACAACUUCAUGUUGAGGCAGGCAGAAAGCAAAACGAGGAAACCCAAGCAACGCCAGGAUGAAGAAGUGCUCAACCAAAUCCAGAGUACUAUCCUGCAAGUCCAAGAAGAUUGUGAGAAGCUGAAUGCCACUACUGGCAAUCUUGUUGAAGAUCAUCACCAGAAACAAAAAGAGAUCAGUGCACUGUACAAAUCACUGGAGAAACUAGAAAAUGAAAAAGUUGACAAAGAUUGCCUAGAGACGGAAAUCCAUGUGAAAGCAGAUAAGACUGCCCUUGCGGCAAAGGUCAGUCGCACCCAGUUUGAUGCCACCACAGAACAGCUACAUAAGAUGAUGCAGGAACUGCUAAAUAAGAUGGUUGGGCAAGAGCAAGACUGGCAGAAAAUGCUUGACAAACUCUUGAUUGAAAUGGACUCCAAGCUGGACCGCUUGGAACUGGAUCCAUUCAGGCAGCAGCUGGAGGAUCGUUGGAAAGAUAUCCGGAAACAGUUGAAGCAAAGGGUUCCACAAGAUGAAGGCGACGAUGCUGCAGGGAUCAGAAGGAGACUCCUGGCUCACUUCCACUGCAUUUCUUGUGACCGACCCUUAGAGAUGGUGGUGCCUGGCCCGCGAAUUACGACUCUCCCAGCUGUUCCAGGUUUACCUGCUCAUCAAUCCCUUCGACCGUAUAUGGUUUAUGAAAUGGAACAAAUCAGGCAACUGAACCGCAACAAUUUGAAAUUGGGACCGGGUGUUCGUUUUGAUGCCCUGGAGAAGAGUGCUAGUCUGAACAAGUUACGGCGCAUCCAUUCCAAGAUGCUCAUGGACAUACAGAAGGUGCAGAGUCAUUAUGGCGGAGCUGCCAGGGUCAACGCUCAGAUGAUCAGGGAAGCCCUGCAGUCCCAGUAUCUUGGCUCAAGCCCUUUUGGCAAACGACUUCCGGAGAUGGCUGACAUUAGCUACAUGAGUGUACCUCGGCAUUGUGGAGGCAGCCAUACCCUCACCCAUCCAUUCAGACGCUCUAUGAAACUGCAACAGUUCAGUCAGAGUAUGCCCUCUGUCCCGUCAGAUGAAAGCACCAUGCUGGCAACGAUGAAGCAUGAAGAAGUAGAUAUACUGGGUCUUGAUGGUCAUAUUUACAAAGGACGUAUGGACACACAUCUUCCAUCAAUAACUGGAAAGGAAUGUAAAACAAGAAGCAAGCUCGCUCGGUCUUCCUCACAAAGGCAGCACCCAAUGUUCAGUGACCUGGCCAACCUCCCCGCUCGCCCCCACACUGCAAAAGUGUCUGUAGGCUGCACGACAGCUAAAUCAAUAACAGACAAGUCUGCGUCUCCGUUAAGGAACUCGGAAGAGUCUGGAAAUUUGGAGAGAGAAACUUUUGAGGUUCGAAUGACCGUUUCCUCGAGACAACGGUCUGAUGAGCAGUCUACUUAAGCCAAGAGGAUCUAGUUUUGGAAUCGCGUAGAAUGUGGUUCUCACCGAUGAAGCCAGACAAUAAAGAGUGUUUUAAAGGAGAAGGGUGCAGAUCUUCUGCUGCUGUGGAGCCAUGGCCCUCUGGCUAGGCCCAUAGUGUCUAGUCUCUGCUCUUUCCUAUAGUGAUGUUCCUGGA